AUGGAUGUGUUGCGCACAAACGUACCCCGCAGUCUCCGCUCCCGAGUCCACGCACUCGUCUUCCAUCCGGGUUUUAUCCAUGGUAAAUCCUGCUUAGCUCCAGCGCGCGCGGCUCCUCCACAUCUCGCAAAGAACAUAAAGCGGGACCCGGGACCAGAACCCCAAACCCCGGCCAAGAUCUGCUGUGUUCCGCGGCUGCUCCCGUCUCCUCCGGCCGCCGCAGAGAGAGUCCACCCCGGGUCUGAGCAGAAGCAACAGGCGGAGGAGGAGGUGGAAGAGGAGGAGGAGGAGGAGGUGGAAGAGGAGGAGGGUCCCACGUAA